AUGGAUACCAUUCGUGAGAUAACUCAACAAUAUUUUCGCACUGACUUGCCCCCUUUACGAGUUGGCGACAAAGUAGAAAUUACUACCAAGAAUUACAAUAAAAAUGAAAAAGACAAGAACGACGGAACACUAAAACAUCGCUUGACCCACUUUAAAGGCACCGUAAUUACCCAAAAAAAUCCCGGACAAAUUAGUUAUACCUUUUCCGUAUUAAAAGAAAGCAAGGGGAGUGAAAAAGUAGCAAUUAGAAGCAUUUUUUCUUAUCAUUCGCCCCUCAUAGUAAGUAUUAAAAAAAUUGGCCAAAUUAAUCAAAAAGUUCGUCGGGCCAAGUUAUAUUAUCUGGAAAGAGAUGGAGUAAUAGUGAUAUUAGGAAUAGGAACUAUUAUUUAUUUCGCGGGCCCGAAAAAUAAUUCCGUCGGGAAUAAAAAACAAACUAGUUGGGAAGAGGAAACUUCCCACUUAAAAAUUCAAUUAAAUUCGGUUAAAAAUGAACUUAAAAAUCUAUCAGAUAAUACUCAAAAAAGUCAGUUAGAGAAUAAGUUAACCGAGAUAGAAAAUAAGGUAAAUAAAAUUACUAAGCAAGAUAAUUCUCCUCAGCAGUCAGAUAUUAAAAAACUAGAACAGGAAAUUAAAAAUAUUAAGAAAAAAAUAGAGAGUAACAAACCCGAUAAAAGUCCAGACCCCUCCGAUACUCCCAACAACCCUCCGCUGCCUGAGCAACCGAACGAUAAAUAUCCUGCCCUUAUAGCGACAAAAAGAGAACUUGAAUAUAAAGUUAAUCCGCCUUUGGCAAUUUCUUCGGUGGGAACUGACUAUAACCAACUCAGCGAGACUAACAAGAACAGUUUAUUGCCCGGUUCGGCCUUGCUGACCGAUACUUUGGAUGGCUUGGGUGGGGGUUCCUCACCACUUGAUAGCAAAGGUAUUGCGAAUAUUAUUCAUGCGGCCCCUUGGCCCCGAGACCUUUUUAAGAGCGAUGAAGAUUUUAUUAAUUGUGUAGUUAAAUCCGUCCAAAACUCCAUUAUCCUAGCCGAAAGAAACAAUUUUGAAAAAUUGGCCAUUCCUUUGGUUGGUGGCGGUAUUUAUCUUGGCAGUUGCGACCCGCAAAAAUUAGCGGAAGGAAUAAUUCGUGGUGCCAUUAACCAAUUAGAAAAGUGUCAAAAACUAAAAAAAAUUAUUUUUAUUGAUUGA